UGGACAGCCGAUCUGGCUCCUGCUGUUCAACAAGUGCAAUGAUAGAUCCCGGUGCCACAGCGUCGUCUCUCUUCCUCAACGCCUCCCUCAAUGUCCCGGCGGCCAAGGCGAGUAAAGGAAGCGACAUGGACACGCUCUCCGUUGUCCUCAACACGUUCACCAUCCUGCUUGGCAUCCCGGGCAACUCUAUUGUGAUCUGGGUGGCGGGUUGCAAGCUCAAGCCAAACGUACUCAACGUGUGGCUGGUCAACCUGGCUGUAGCAGACAUAAUCUUCUGCUUCACCCGAAUCUUCUCCCUGAUCAAGAAGCUGUUCCUGGAUCACUGGCCCUUCGGCUUGUUCAUCUGCAAGUUCAACGGUUUCUUCAAAUAUGCCAACAUGUUUUGCUCUGUCUUCAUGCUGGCCGUCAUCAGCCUGGACCGGGCCAUCUGCGUCUGGUUCCCGGUGUUCACCCGGCGCCACCGCACCGUGUGUACCGCCCGGGUGGUGGCCGUGUGCGUGUGGGCGGUGUCUGUAGUCUUCAGCUCACCCUACUUCUUCUACCGGCAAGUUUUCCCAGGUGCCAAGAACUUGAGCAAGUGCACAGUGGAGGAGGUGAAGAACGCAGACACCAGGACAGCGCUCUACUUCAUCCGCUUCCUGUGCGGUUUCUUGCUGCCAUUCCUGGUCAUCCUGGGCUGCUACCUCCUGGCUGGUGUGGGCAUCCGCCGCACCCGCUUUUCGGGCAAGUCGCGCCCCCUGCGGGUAUUGGCCUUGCUGGUGGGUGCCUUCUUCCUGUGCUGGGCCCCAUACCACGGCCUGCUGAUGCUCAGGAUGGUUGAAAGCAAAAGCUCGGUGGUCAAGCUCUGGUUGCCCGCCGCCAAGGGCGUGGCCUACUUCAACAGCUGCGUCAACCCGCUUCUUUACUUUUUUGUGGGCUUAAAGCUGAAGGGCCGGAACAAGAAGUCUCUGGAGGGCCUGUACAAGAGAGCUCUGGCCGACGACGUUGACGGACAGACGGGGGAGUCCAACGGCGACUCCGGGGAGAGCGGAUCCCGGGUGUGAUGAAGAAGGGGGGCAGCUAAAAUAAAUGCUAAAUACUGUUUAACGCCUGCCAUUGUGUGUCAAAAUGUUCUUGUUUCUUUUCAUGUGGUGUUUAGACACUGCAUAACUAUGUUGUUCACUAC